GCGGCGGCGGGCUUUAGGACCCGGGGGCGACACGUGACGUAUGACAACAACAGGAAGUCGGAAGUCACGUUGCUGGCGAUGGCUCAGCAGGCGACGGCGGGGAGGCGCUACCUGCGGGCGUUCGUUAGCGGAUUCUUCGUUGCCGUUCCGGUCACCGUCACCGUCCUGGAUCGAAUCGCCUACGUGGCGCGAGUGGAGGGAGCGUCGAUGCAGCCCUUCCUGAACCCAGAUGGGAGAUCGGACUGUGACGUUGUCCUGCUGAACCGUUGGAGCGUGAGAAACUACCAGGUCCAACGGGGCGACAUUGUCUCCGUCCUGUCCCCCAAGAAUCCCCAGCAGAAGAUCAUCAAGCGGGUCAUUGGCCUGGAGGGAGACUUCAUCAGGACUCUGGGCUAUAAGAACCGGUACGUUCGAGUUCCCGACGGUCACUUCUGGAUCGAGGGGGAUCAUCACGGACACAGUCUGGACAGCAACAGCUUCGGACCGGUGUCAGUGGGGCUGCUUCAUGGUCGAGCCUCUCACAUCAUCUGGCCCCCAAAUCGCUGGCAGCAAAUCAAACCGUCUCUCCCCCCAAACCGAGGACCACUGGACACUGAAGAAGAGGAUUGAUGAAGGACAAGUAAUGUCAUCUAAACUGAAGUGAGCUGUCAGUUAGCUGCAGUGUUUCAAAGACAAACAUUCAAACCACACGUUGUAUCAUUACAUUUCCGGAGGCUCUCUGAGUUCGAUUACUGUUAAUGUAAAUUGUUCGACUGUAUAUUGAUUUGUUCAUGUUGCCACAGUCCAGUUAACAGGGACUCGAACCUGUGAUGUUUGCAGGUUCUUUGAGCCACAACCACAUUAAGAGCUGAAGUCCGACCUAGACCUCAAAACAACUAGUUGAUUAUGAUGAUUUAUUAAUUAUUUUUCAAGCAAAAAUGCCAAAUAUUCUCUGUUUCCAGGGUCCUAAAUGUUUUAUAUUGUUGUGAACUGAAAAUGUUUUGGUUUUAAACUGUCGAUCAAAUAAAACAAGAUAUUUCAAGACAGAA